GUGUGUGUGUGUGUGUGUGUGUGUGUGUGUGUGUGUGUGUGUGUGUGUGUGUGACGUCUUAUUAGGAUUUUAAGUCAUACGAAAUAUUAACUCUAGAAAAGAUUAGUGAGAUACUUAUCUAUGACUUAUUGUGACGAUUUUAGAAAUUGUAUUCAGCCUAUGCAUCCAAAUCGAUAAUUAACAAAUAUUAAGUAGUUCUUCAAUAAAAAAAUGUUUCUUAAUUUUCUGGUUUUCAGAAUAUCUUACUAUUCUUAUUUAAUGGAUUUUUAAUAUGUCACAACAGAGGUAUACUUUACAACACGUUUCAACAUGUUUAAUGUUCAACAUGAAGGUAAUGACAUGUGCUAAUGACAACAAUCAGAUUGUUAUAUAUACACAUACGUAUUUGGUUGUGUAUGUAGCACGACCAUUAAUAUCUUUCAAUAUAUGACACAAUUGUUGCAUAUAAGAGUAAUUAGAAUGUUAUGCUUUUUUUUACUAUUAAAAAACAUGUUUUCUAUUAUAUUUUAUAUGAAAUUUUUUUAUAUACAAAAUGACAUGAUCUUAAACGUACAAAACCAAUGUGCUAGUACCAUAAUUAAAAAUAAAAGUUAAUGAAAGUUACACUUAUAUACAUAAUGUAAACAGUAAUGUAGUAGUGUAAUAUAAUGUAAAUAUGAUAAUAAAGUUAUACAUAUAUAAUUUUAUAUGUCAUUCUUAAUUGUUGCAAUAAAAGACAUUACGAUUAGUAUAUUUCUUAUUCCAGUUUAGCAAUUACUACAAGAGAAGUAAAGUGUAAAAACAAAAUUACAUAUUUUUAGCAAUUGUUCAGGAUUGUACCACCCUCUUCUAUACAUGUACCGUCGCUCGGACUUAGUUUCGAAGAUACAUAUUCACGAAAAACUGUCGGUACCACUACAAGGAAUUCUGCCUGUAAUCAUUAUGAGCCCAUUACCAAUUCGGUACAUACACUGCCAUGAACGCACAACUAUAGGCAUAAUUGUAGUGAUGCCGGUGUAGUUUCUUUGCACAUAUCUCGGAAACUAAGGUCGAGCGGCUGUUAUAUGUAUAAAAUGUAGUUGCUCAGGAUCAUGCUCCUGGUAAUAUAUUCAAAAAUCAUUGAAAUUGAUGAGGUUGGUAUGAUUCCGAACAAUUACCGUAUUUUUCUAUGAAGAAGGAAAUAAUACGAAGUAUUAUCCAAACCAUAUGACUAUACAAAUUAAGAACAAAUACUAAUUGUAUAAAUAUCACACGUAUAAUUGUUGAACGAUAUUAAUGACUGCAUAAAAGUGAUAACACGCGCGCGCGCGUGUGUGUGUAUAUGCUUUAUCUAGAUUAAAUGAGACAGAUAGUACAGUAAAUAAUUUUCAGAAAUAUGAAAAAAAAGCUCAUUUUUAUAGUACUUUGUGUUAGUACGAUACUUAUCUCAUUAUUAAUUAUAUUAAAAACAGGUACUGUAAAUAAUAUAAAAUCAGAAUUAAAGUAUUCACAGAAUGCAAGUUACACAAAUAAAAAUUCCGCAAUUAUAAAAUUUAUCAUUGAACCAAAGUGUGAUCCUAACUUCAUUGUUUGGAUUAUUACGUCCUCUGCAGAUGAUCCUUUAUACAGAACAGCAUUGAGACGUGCAUAUCCAAGUGUAAUGUUAAAAACUUUGAAUGUCACGAGGAUAUUUUUAUUAGGAAUGCCUAAAGAAAAAAAUAUAUUGAAAUACAUUUUAAAAGAAUCACAGAAGUAUAAUGAUUUGUUGCAAGGAGAUUUCUUAGAAAAUUAUAAAAAUCUUACGUUAAAACACUUGAUGGGUUUAAGAUGGGCAUCAAGUAAUUGUAGAUCUACUUUCCUAAUAAAAACUGACAAUGAUAUUGUACUAAAUAUUUUCGAAAUGCUAGAACUUUUACAAAAAAAGGCAAUAAAGGAAAACGCUAUAUCUGGAUAUGUUUUAAGGAAAAUGAAACCAAUACGAACAUCAAAUAAUAAAUGGUUUGUUACUGAUGAAGAUUUUUCAGAUGAUGUUUAUCCUGAUUUUCUCUCAGGAUGGUUUUAUAUAACAAACUUAAAAGUUGCACAAUUAUUAGUUCGUGCAAGUGAAAAGUUUAAGAACUUUUUCUGGAUUGAUGAUGUAUUUAUCACUGGAAUUUUAAGGGAAGAAUGUGGUAUUAAAAUUGAAGAGCUAAAUAGUUUAUAUGCAAGCGAUUAUAGGUAUUUGGAAUGCUGUAUACGAGGUAAAAGACGGAAGCUAAAAUGUGAGUUUAUUGCAGGGCCUGAUGGAGGCAAAAAAGAGUUACAUAUUAAAUUUAAAGAAUUUUCUGAAUAUUGCCAAUCGAGCUGCUCUGAAAGAAUGAAAGAACAAUUAGUAUCGAAAACUUGUGUAGCUGCUUAUGAAGAAAAAGUAAAUAUUAUAAAUCCCAAGGUUCAGAUUCAUUAUAUAUAAAGUUUCGGAACAAGUUCGCUGCCAAAGAAGUUUGCAAAAUUACUACUUUUGUUAUUAUAAACAUAUUUAUAAUAUUUCUUGUUUCUCAAAUGAAAAUAAAUGUUUUCUAAGAACAUCUUGGAUUGUCAUGUUACGGUGAAACCAUAUAUCAUUGUUUUUAACAAUGUUACAUUCAUUUUUUAAUUGUUUAAAAUUUUUGUUUCUCCACUUGCUAGAUUAUUACAAAUCAAGGGACGCAAUAAUCUUCAUAGUUUUAGGAAAAGCUUGCUACAUUAUGAUAGUUGAAUUAUUAUCUCUUUCAUUUAGCACUUAAUUUUAAUAAUACUCAUGCAUCGCUUUCAAUCAAUUUCAAGCUUGAUUUCUGUUUAGGAAGAAUUGUGUUGUAUAGAUGCUCCCAGAUAUUUUCAAUAAUCAUCUUAUUUUAAAAUUUGCUUUUCCAUUUCUUACUCAUUUUUUGUAGGCUUAUUAGUUAUUUGCUCAAGCUAAUAAAGUAUUAUAGACAAAAAGUCUCAAUGGUUAAAGCAUUAUUUUAAGAAUUUAUAUAUCUUUAAUUGUAACUUUACAUGAAUGUAACUUACAUACACACACCAAAAAAGCUUAGUUUACAUUAUAUAAUGCUAAACUAUAACCACUCCAAAAGAUAUUAUUGAUUUGAUUAGUUUAUAAUAUUUGGCUGAGGUCAAUUAUGUUCUUUUCUUACCCUGAAAAUUAAAUUUGGUAAGUAUCUAAGAAAUUAAAUACUAUGAAGGCUAGUAAUGACAUAGAUUUAUAUUUAGAUCAGUUUUAUCAACAUCUUGUUUCAAAUCUUUUAUGCUAUCGUAAAACAAAUUCACUGUUGAAUUUAUCUUAAUUUCUUCCAGCUACCGAAGUACUUUUAUUUAUAAUAUUAUUGUUUUCUAAAUUACAUAUUUAUAAAUACAUAUUAAUUAUAUCUAAAUAUUUAUCCGACAUACACGGUACAAAAUUUAAUGUACAUAAUAAAUAAUAAUAAAUACAACAACAGUUAAACGCAUUCAACAGGUAUUAAAGUUACUUUGUAAACGAAAACAGUUAAAAUAUUUUUGAAAAUCAAAUUAUUUAUAUGACAAAAUCAAAUUUGUUUGUUUAAAAGUUAAAUAGAUCAUAUAAGAAAUAUUUGUUAUUAUUCCAUAAAAGAACAAAAAUAUUUUAAAGUAAGAUUACGUAAAGUUAACGUUAAAGUUAUAAGUUAAAGAUUUAUUUUCAUAAUUAUACCUUUCCUAUUACAAAGUAACUUCGACUACGAAAUUUUAUAAUACAUUAAAAAUUGACAUACUUUAUAAAAUAACACUAGACUGAAUCAGUUCGAAUAUUUAGUUAAGCUGUUUAUCAUAAUAAACAUAAUAUAUAUAAUUUUAUGUAUAAUAUGUAAGUUAUGAUGAUCCUGAUAAUAAUAAUAAUGAUAAUGAUAUUAGGUAUCCCAUAAAGUGUUUUGUUGCAACUUAAAAUGAUAGUAUGUUUUAUUACCAUUUUAUUAAUUUUAGUUAUUUACGCAGUCAUUAUACGAUUAAAUGGUUACUUUGCUACUUUGAACAAAAAAAAAAAAAAAAAAAAAAAAAAUAA